CUUUUCCCAAUGUUCUUUCUAUCUGUGUCUUUUAACACUUUGUCUUUUAACUAAUUUCCAUACAGUAAAAUUUCUUGAAGUAAUCAAGCCCUUCUGUGUUAUCUUGCCUGAAAUUCAAAAGCCAGAACGGAAGAUUCAGUUUAAGGAAAAGGUACUAUGGACAGCUAUCACACUCUUCAUUUUCUUAGUAUGCUGCCAGAUUCCCUUGUUUGGUAUCAUGUCAUCAGACUCAGCAGAUCCAUUCUACUGGAUGAGAGUGAUUUUGGCAUCAAAUAGAGGUACGUUGAUGGAGCUGGGCAUUUCACCUAUUGUCACUUCCGGGCUCAUCAUGCAGCUCUUGGCAGGUGCUAAGAUAAUUGAAGUUGGUGACACCCCAAAGGACAGAGCUCUCUUCAACGGAGCACAGAAAUUGUUUGGAAUGAUCAUUACCAUCGGGCAGUCUAUUGUCUAUGUAAUGACUGGAAUGUAUGGAGACCCAUCUGAGAUGGGUGCUGGCAUCUGUUUGCUUAUCACAAUUCAGCUUUUUGUUGCUGGAUUGAUAGUUCUGCUCUUGGAUGAGCUCCUACAGAAAGGAUACGGUCUCGGUUCUGGCAUCUCUCUCUUCAUUGCUACCAAUAUCUGUGAGACUAUUGUGUGGAAAGCAUUCAGCCCCACCACGGUGAACACAGGACGAGGCAUGGAAUUUGAGGGAGCCAUCAUUGCUCUGUUCCAUCUUCUGGCUACUCGCACAGACAAAGUCAGAGCUCUUCGUGAGGCCUUUUACCGUCAGAAUCUACCCAACCUUAUGAAUCUGAUUGCCACCAUCUUUGUCUUUGCUAUUGUAAUUUAUUUCCAGGGCUUCAGAGUGGAUCUUCCUAUCAAAUCUGCUCGCUACCGUGGCCAGUACAACACCUACCCUAUCAAGCUGUUCUAUACUUCCAAUAUUCCCAUUAUUCUUCAGUCUGCGCUGGUGUCAAACUUGUACGUCAUCUCCCAGAUGCUUUCUGCUCGCUUCAGUGGCAACUUGCUGGUUAGCCUGCUGGGCACUUGGUCUGACACGUCAUCUGGAGGCCCUGCUCGUGCUUAUCCAGUUGGUGGACUUUGUUAUUAUUUGUCACCUCCAGAGUCCUUUUCUUCAGUGUUGGAAGACCCUGUACAUGCAGUAGUUUAUAUUGUAUUUAUGUUGGGCUCUUGUGCGUUCUUCUCCAAGACGUGGAUUGAAGUCUCUGGCUCCUCUGCCAAAGAUGUUGCCAAACAAUUGAAAGAACAACAAAUGGUAAUGCGAGGCCACAGAGAAACUUCAAUGGUACAUGAACUAAACAGGUACAUCCCUACCGCUGCUGCAUUUGGUGGUCUCUGUAUUGGUGCCCUCUCUGUGUUGGCAGAUUUCCUUGGGGCAAUUGGGUCUGGAACUGGAAUUCUGCUUGCUGUCACUAUCAUUUAUCAGUACUUCGAAAUUUUUGUAAAGGAACAGAGUGAAGUUGGCAGUAUGGGAGCUCUUCUUUUCUAAACCUAGCUUCUCAUGGACCCAGGAAAGAGGGGAGGAACAUUCUCAAAAUAUAGCCAGGCAGGUGAAAAGAAGUAACAUAAACUUGAUAAUGUCAUUCUAUAGGAACACAUAUUUUAAUAAUGUUUCCAAAGCGCAUUCCCUUAUGUUCAAACUUUUCUAGCAUACUGUUUGCAUUUUAUAAAUUGAUGAGGAAAAAUGUGCAAAAAAAUUUUUUUUAAGAAAAUUGUUUUGUAAUUAUGUUUUAGGAGAAUCAGCUUUCUGAAUUGGAUUUAGUUCAAUGACUUGAAAUUUUUUUGAGCCCCU